UAAUAACAGUUUUUCAAAUAUACAAUUUAUGAUUAACUUUCAGUUCAGGCCAUAAAGCUUUCUUUUUGCCAACAGCUGCCUAAUAUGUAUAUAAUAUGUAUGUAUACAUUCACAAGUAGGGAUUUAAAAGAAAAGCAUCCAUAAACUGGCAUAAAUACGUAGAAAAUAAGUUAAGAAUUGCACUAAAUUAUAAAAACGCACACGAAGUUUUCUUAAUUAAUAAUAUAUAAAAAAUAAAUGUAAAGAAAUUAAUUUGAAAGGAAUUGUUUGAAAGCAAAGCACGAUAAAUUUCAUUAACGCAAAGAAAAGAUUCAAUGGCUGCUGUUUUAAACAGUUGUGCCACCAGCAACACAAUAAGACAACUUGAUAUUAAUUUUAAAUCGUACGAAGGAUAUCAUCACCCACAUUUAGGGCCAUUAUCUUCAUUAAACUCAUUUACAACAGUACUGGGAAGCCAACAGUAUUUGCAACAGUUCCAUUUUCACGACAGCACUACUAUGUAUCCUUCGCUGCCAAAGUAUCACCGGUCUUCGGCACAACAGCAACUGACUACGCCUAAUCCCCAUACGUCUGCAUACGCAAAUCAUCAUACCAAUAACGUUGUAAGCCAUCAGUUCAACUCCUCGUCGUUAGCGUAUGGUAUGCCUGUCAGUUCGGGCUACUCUUUACAACACUCGACUAUACAAAAACCUUAUUCAGUGGCAUCAGUGCAGAGAUCUUCGUCAUCGGCGGAGGCUUGUCGCAGUUAUUGGGGUCAUAGCCAUCCCACCUCUUCUGCACUAUACCGUAAUGGUCGUCAUCAAUCAAAGCGUAAAUCUGCAGUAGAACUUUUGGCUGAAAGUAAGCCUUUUUUUGUAAAGACCGAAAAUAUUAUAGAGCGUACAAAUUUUGGUGCCAGCACUCUGGUUUGUAGUGGAAAGAGAGGUCGUAAUGGCUCUAGUGUGGUUUUGGAUGAGGGUAAAUACAAUCCAUCGUAUGGGGAAACAACUUACACUGCCGCCGAAGCUGAAAGGAGAUACGGUACAACCACAGCUCAUCGUCGUUCCUCUCACAUUCAUCAUCACCAUGGCAAUCAUUCCUCUCAACAAUGCUCUGCGAAUAAUACCAUGUAUCAUGGUAAGUAUAGAAUGUCGUUGUCAAGUGACGGUUCACAAGAUCGCGAUAAACUGGCUCGUUUUCGCAAAGAGCACUAUGGCGAGCCCCUAGUUUUAAACGAGACAAAAUCGGUUUCAUUUGAAGAGGAUGUUGCGUUUCGCAUACCUCCACCUUUAUACUUCUCUCAACAAAACUACAACAGUAUAUAUGAUAGUGGCGACGAACCAUUGGUUUUGACCGAAAAUUAUAGACCUAUUAGUCCUCCAGCUGAAUAUGCAGAGGAUUCGGCAGAAGCUCAUAAUGAUAACAGACCCAGGUACAAUUAUCAGCGUUCAUAUUCCCACUCACAUGAGGCCAAUGAUAAAUCUAAAUACACUGCCGCAUCGUACAAUAUUAAUAGCCACAAAUCCCUGCCUGAUUUACACACACAAAUCAAUCGUCAUUCACCACAUAGUGAAAUUUUAAGUUGCUGUAGUCGGGGCAAUAGAUCCAUUAAAUCCGCUGGAGAAUCUUCGUUAAAUCGUGAUUCAGGUGGUUCUUCGGGUCACUACACCCAUCGUAGUGAACCGUGUUACCGCCAACAUCGCGUUGAGCUCGACCGAGAGGAAAGAGCUAAGAAAUGUUGCAGUGCCACCACACGUGUGGAAUAUAGACGUGAUAGUGGCUCAUCUACACAACAUAGCAACAAUUCAUAUUGUGACUACUCCUGCAAGCCGAUGCACGAAAAUUUCGACUCUCCGGAUUAUUUAUUUAAUUUUACUACACCCGAAGUACCAGAAGCCUUUCAAGAUGACUAUAUACCACCAUCACCACGUUAUCAAAGUGAUGACACUCGCUUUUAUAGUUCCUCGACUCAUCAAAUUCAUGCUAGUCAGAGUUAUAUAAAUCGUAAAGCUUCAUCCGAUGAACCUGUUGUACAGUCGCCUGGAUCUCAACCAUCUAUUGAGGACAUUAGUCCGCCACCUAUUCAAUUUAAGCGCCAAAAAUGUAUUCGAUUUAAAAGACACAAUCGCAUAUCGCUUCCGGUGCAACCCUCAGCUCCACCUCACUCAGCCAAUGAUCACUCUCAUACAUCACCUAUGGAUACCUACAGAAGAUCAGAACAUCCUCGUUAUUUCUUCCCUAAAUGCUUCUCAGCCGAUGAAUACCAACAGCAGCAACAUCCAGCACCGCAACAGCAUCAACAUUCCCAAUCGCAACAGCAAACACCACAGAAAUCUCCUCUUUCAUCGCAGCAAAUAUCACAACAACAACAAAUAAAAGAGUUUAGAGAUCAAUAUGCCAAUCACGCUAUUCGACGUUCUCAGGAAUUGUUGCAUACAUCGUCAGAGCCUCUCAUGGAUUUAGAGAAAUUUUUCGAUCGGUUGGGUUUAAAUGAUGAUAAAUUUCAUGAAAUCUACACUUUUUCAAAAAGAAAACACAGUAACGGCAGCAGUGAUGGGAGUAAUAGUACAGUCUUUUUCUCUGAUGUUAGCACCGUUGACUCUAUGCGUUUGCCCGAUAGUACCGAGACACAGCCACAGGCACCACAGACUUAUAGACCCACUGAGCCUCCAUCGAUUGUGGAACGUAAUGCACGCAUAAUAAAAUGGUUGUGUAACAUACGUAAGGUUCAAAAUAAUGGAAAUUAAAGAUAUUGUCGUGAUCGCGAAAUUUAGAAAUGAAAGCUGGUAGAAUAUUAUGAUCUAGAUUCUAGAAUUAAUUAUAGUUGUUUUUAGUUUAAAUUUCAAUGUAAAAUUAAGAGAUAUUUUUCGAAAGACAUGCUUCGAUUUUACAGUAAAUUACUUACUUUUUUAAGUCAUUACAAAAAAAUACAAUAAGACGGUUUUUGAUCUUUCAUUUGAGCGAAAUAUAAUUACAAAAUAAAUGUUUAAAUAAUCAUAUUUCGAACAUCUAAAUGAUAUAUUUAUGAUUGCUGUAUAAUUUGUUAUUGUUUUUCGAAUAAAUCACAUUUUAAUCACUAAUUAGAAACCUUUUUAAAGCUCGAUGCGUAGUAUUAAGUUGGAUCACUGAUCACCAAGCCUAGUUUAGUGAUUAGUCACCCAUUUAUAAUUAAAACUUAACAUGAUUUUAAUUUAAUCAGUUUCAAGUCAUUAUUAAUUUAUUUGAGCUAUUUGUUUGUGUAAUUGUUGUUGUUCCAUUACAAACAAAAAUAAUUACAUUAGAAACAAAUUCAGAUCUUCCAACUGCUUGAAAUAUGAUCACAAAUUCAUUUUGAAAACUAUCAUAUUUCUAACACAAGAAUAAACAAUUUAUGAUUGCUAUACAUUAUGUUAUUGUUUUUUUCAUAUAAUCAGUUUUUAAUUAUAUAUAGGGAUCAUUUUUGAAUCACUUUUUAAGCGCGCACUCAUGAUCACUUUUAGGUCAUCAAAAUUAUGUAAUUAUGUCAAAUUAUUAUAGUAAUUUUCUGAAGGAAAGCUUAUUGGGGAUAGGGUCAAUUGUGGACCAAUAUUUUUAAAAAUUGAUAGGGAAAUUUUGACUCGUAAGAGACUUACUUAUGCAAAAUUUCAUUGCUAUACUCGCAGUAAAUUGCGUUAAAGUAAUUUUCUAAAGAUUUGCGGAAAUUUUCAUCCAUUUAUCUUAUUCUGUUCGGACUCUAUUGUGCUUUUAACGGACAUCGCUAGAACUUCUUAGAAUUUAAUAAGGACCCAAAAUAAAAAGUUUUUGUGAGCCAAAAUCCCUCUACUAACUUUUGUGAGUAUCGGUCCUUAAUUAACUCAAAUAAGAAGGUCCUCUUCAGAAAAUUAGAAAUCAUUGUACUCUCAACUCCACAAAAUUGCAUAUAUUGAAAACUGAAAUUUAGAAAUAACAUUCAUGUAAAACAAAACUAAUAUUUUUUAGUUUAAAAGUAGCAAAUAUUUUUUUUACCUUUUUUGCACAUACAUACUUAUUUUAAAUAUUAAAAUAUGUGUGUAU